AUAUUUUAUUCAAUUAAUUUUUACUAUAGUGAAUUGCAAACGAAGCGCUGCCUUUUAGAUUUGCCCCGUCAAUUGCGCUACGCUUUUCGGCCGGCUGAAAAGUGCGAUUUCUGUGAGAAUAUCUCCAAAGUGGCAAGAGUGCGUACUAUCACCAGUAAUGAGUUUGAGAGUCAGUACGCAUAUUCCGCCACUCCUGUCAUUGUGGAAGACGCUACACAAAACUGGACCGCACUAACUAAAUUUGAUUAUUGGUAUUUUCGUGAUGUCUAUCAAAAUUCCAAGCGUAAACAAAAAAUAUUAGAUUGCCAAUUUUUGCCAUAUAAGACUGGUUUUAAAAAUAUUCUACAAGCAUUGGAUAUGUCGGAGGAACGAGUUGCAUUACAAAGGGGUACUACCCCCUGGUAUUUUGGUUGGAGUAAUUGCAAUCCUGAUACAGCUGAAGAAUUCCGGAAACAUUAUGGACGUCCAUAUUUCUUGCCUGCUGCUUCAGAAAACAAUGCCGUUGAUUGGUUUUUUAUAGGAACUAGUGGACUCGGAGCGCAUAUGCAUAUAGAUAAUGUACAUCUGCCAUCCUGGCAAGCGCAACUGAGCGGUAGCAAACGUUGGGUAUUAGCACCGCCUCCAGAAUGUUAUUUUAAGUGCAAACAAAUGGAUGUAGUAGUUAAUAAGGGGGACAUAAUUGUGCUGGAUACCAAUAAAUGGUAUCAUCAAACAUUUGUACAACCGGGUCAAGUAAGUCUAACGAUUGGAGCUGAAUAUGAUUAAAGGAUAAUAAACUGAUAUUGUUAAUAAUGUAAUUAAUAUAAAUUUGUUUUUAAUUUAAUUUAGUUUUUAAUUUUAUUUAACAAAUAAAUUUGUUAAAUACUGUAUAUUGUUGUGUAUGAUAUGUAUG